AUGUUCCCAUUUUACAUAAUAUAUUUGUACACUUCUAUCAUUAGUGAAUUUUCGUUUCCAUCUAGACAAUAUCCUUCCUUAAAACAAAACAGACGUCACGUCACGCUGUUCGCCCCAUGCUUCUCGUCCAUGGACUCUUCCCAAUUACCCACGAUCCUGGAAUCGCUGUCUUCAGGGAAGCUAAAGCUACGUGGCCAAGCCCUUGAUGAGCUGACUACGCGUCUGAAACAGGAUUCUACGCCUUUCCCUCCCAAGUACCUAUAUCCGACCAUCGAAGCUCUCGUUGACAUCCUCGAGGCCGAAAAGAUCAAGUAUGAAAACCUCAGUGCUGACGGGGCCGCAUCCUCUGAGAGCAAGCUCACGGCCGUCGAAAAUAGAUUAUCUUCGGCGUCCUAUGUGUUGAGGAUCCUUGUUCAGACCACCAACCCCAGCUUUAAACCCAAGCACCUCAAGUUCCUUCUUUUGCUGCUACCGGAUCUCAUGGUCUUCCAUGGAACGGAUUCGCUUCUACCAAGCACGUCUACACACCUUCUCAGUGCCCUUGAAUCGCUUAUCGAAAGUGAGAUCUUUCAGCUCAAGUUCGAGCCGCUUCAAUGGAUCACGCUAACAAAAAAACUACUUUCAUUCCUCUCCAUCCAGUUAGACUCUUCUAUGAGCAGCAAGAAUGUUAUGCAUUUGCUGAGUUUGCUGGCGUCGCUCCUCUCACUUGACUGCGCAUUUAUCGAGGAGGUACAAACGACGUUUAUCGACCCAUUAGCCAAGUUUCUUACUAAAGCUGAAGGCGAGAACUCUAACACUAAAGCGCUUCUUCAACUCAUAAACCUUUACAUUUUGAAGGUACAUUUAACCGACUACUUUGGCUGCUGUAAGUUGCUCGAAUUAACCAUGCGUUUUCUUACCCGUGUCGGUAAGUUAAGCACACCAGGUGUUGACUACGAGCUUUCCAUGUUCAACAUAUUUCUCAGUAAGCUUUUGUGCCACCAGAUACCUCCUGGUCAACUCCCCGGUGCUUUUGAUCAAGAGUAUCUGGCACAGCUUUUUGAAGAUUACCUGGUGGUCGCGUUAACGAAUUAUGAUCCCAGCCAUCUCGGUUUUGGCGACUUCCUAUUCAGGAGCUUAACCAAAAGAAUUGAGUGGUUGGAAUUUGACGAAUUCCAAUUGCAUCCUCAGUCUGAUGUAAAUUACUGGCUUCAAGUUCAUAGUCUUGCCCAAAUGGUCAGGACUUACUUCACUAAACGUGGUAAACAAAAGCCUGAAGAGAGCUUACUCUUCAAAAAAGCUAAAACGUCCCAAACUUUUAGUACAAUACUAAGAGACACUCUUAGUCCAGCAUCCUUCAUCGUUCGAUGCGUUGAGAGUACAUCUAAAUUAAACCAGCUGACUGGUGUUCAGCUAAGCGCCUUUAUUUCCGCAACCACAAACCAAGAGACAGCAGACAUCAAUGAAGUUGUUGAAGCCAUCAUAAUGAAGUGGGAAGACAUUCACAUGGAAGGUUGGGUCCUCAUUGCAUUACUCCCACUGAUUUCUGAUCACAACUCUGAAAUCCCUAAGAAAACAGUACAAAAGGCUUUUCGUCUUAGCAUUCCUCUUCUGAAAUCAACAAAAUUGUGUCAGCCAGCUUGCGCCUUACAGGUUGCCUUAAUGAAACAUUAUAAAGAUUUCUUGUUGGCCGACACUGCUCUUGUUCACCAAGCCAGUGAUUUAUAUGAAGAGUCGGAGCUGAAUGGACCAGCUCUUCUUACUGACGUUGCUUUUGCAUUUUGGGAACAUAUGCACUGGCUCAUAGCUACUUCGAAACCAGAACUGCACGAAUCGGCGCACUCUAAAACUGUUUCAUGGCUACUUUCAAAAGCGAGCCAGCUUCUCCUCAAAAGACCCGAUCAGUCUUCUUUUUCUUCCUUUACGGCAUGGCUGGCCGGAAUCAGGGCUAAUAAAAUUCAAGACUGUUUGUUUACUCAAUUCAUUCAAUGGGAUUACAGAUAUUAUCCUCAGUGGGUGAAGUUUUCCGCUGAAAGGAACUUCCUUUUACAGCUAAGAGGCUCACUCACAAAAAUAACAAAAAAGCCUGUGGAGGCGAGUCCUGUUUCGAUUUCCACACAAUCCAUGUCCCAAAUUUUUACCCUGAUAUUGUCGUCUAUCAGAAGUUCCACGAAAGACGCUGAUCUUGCAUAUCGCUGGUGUUGCGAGGGCACGAGAAUACUCAACGCAUUAGCAGGCGUUAAUAACUAUGCUGAUUUCUUAGAGGAGCUGAAGCAUGAAAUAUGCUCAGUUGUGUCUGAGCUUCGUGAGCUGGCGAAGGUGCCGUCAACUUCCUCGUUGUUUGAAGUGACGCAAGUGCCGAUGGAUGGAAUAUAUUCGGAAGCCUUGUUUUCAAACAUUGGAAUUCAGGCUUUAUCAGACAGGUAUAAAGAGCAGCUAUUGAGCUUGAGUACAAAUAGCCAGAAAGUCCAUUUUGACCUUUUUGAAGGCCGUAAAAAGGUAACAAAUACCGCUUUCUCAGUUGGGCAGAAAGAUGAAAGCUCGUUUCAGUAUUGUUUUUCAUCUAUCGGUGCUGUUGUGUAUUUUCUCUUGAACAAUUGGAGGUUCACAGCGGGACAUGAAGAGGCCGAGAGCCUCCACAAGGUUGCAGAGUUCUUGGAUGGGCUGCCGGAAAGAUACAUGAUAGACUGCUUACCGACUAUUACUUAUGCGCUUCAAGCCUUAGACCAGAAGAGAUCAUUUCUCAAGCCCUUGGAGCAUAUUACACAAAAAUUAGGAUCCAAUCUUUUGAGUGCAAGGUUCAACACGUCAAACCUAUCCGUUACUUACUUGUCGCUUUACCUGAAUGCAGUCCGCUGGUCUUGGCUGGCAGGAGGCAACAGUUUUCAAGAGGCUGACUGCAAGGAUAUAUUUGAAUGGAUAAUUUCAAAGCUCUCCGAAAAUUCAUUCGGCGGCCUGCAGGCUUUGGGCUGCUUUGCAAAGCUUCUUUUGAACAUACUCAGACACCACGAUUUGUCAGGAGGUCUAAUCAAAGGUGGGAAGCAGAGAGUGUUUGGCACCCUUGUUUCCUGCAUUCAGCGGCUGCCGCCUUUUGCUGUUAUAUCGGCACUUGAAGGAUUCGGAAAAUACAUGGCUAAGAUCAGCGGCAAAAAUCAAAGCAUUGUAUUUUCAGAGCUCUCCGAAACGUUCCGAGAUGACCUAUCUGUGGAAAGGCAAGCAUUCCAUUUUAUGAUCCUAUCAAGGAUUGGCAGCUCAUCUCGUUCUCAACUAAUUAAGUGCACAUUACAGAUACUGAACAUUGGACGAAUUUCUAUUUCUGCGACAUAUGUCAAAAGCUCUUUGGAUGCUCUUGCACUCUCCAACAAAAUGAAAAAUACCAAAGAGCUAUUUCAUCUUCUUCGUUUUGAUAUCAUUAACUAUUGGUACGAAAGUAGCAUCAGAAAUCAAGACUCGAGUUUUGAUUUUUGGAACGUGUCCCUCUUUGGUUUCGCGACGAUUCCAGAUUUUCUUAACCAAUACUCUAAAGAAGUGUCAGGAUUCCAUUUUUCUAAAAAAGUUGCUUUAUCCUUUGUCCCUCAGGGGUUAAUCGAUGCUACAGGAAAGGAUGAAAAGAUCCUCCUUGAACAAUGUCUUCACCUCUCUAUUCCUCUUUCCUAUAUUUCCUCAGAUCAACCGGAGCUGGUUCUCCGGACCUUCAAAGAUACGCUUGGAAGGCGGUACAAUCACCUCUUGAAAAACUUGGCUCGAGAAAUCUUUUAUUGGACCUUGUGCUUCACAAAAUGGGACUGUUUAGAGGAACUCAAAGGUACAUUCAAUGAACUGUAUCCCGGAUCAAAACUCUCUGUUGCUCUUUUCAGCCGAUCCUCUUCAAUACUGAAAGAUUACUCGGAACUACGCAUUGCACCCGUUAUCUCUAUGAGCCUGCUAAAAGCGUGCAUCUCGACACAUCAUUUGGAUGAAAGGGAACUAGUUUUAUUGCUUGCGAGGCUAGCUUGCGAGCUAGAUGAGUGUUCUCCGGCGAGCUUCUGUCUGCCCAUCUUACGAAAAAUCAAAGCGAUAUUACUUCUUUUUGAACCCUUCUUAUCCAAAUGUGAGUACUUACCAGUUUUGGCGCAGGUUUUAGCGGGAUGUCUUAAAUCCCCAGAACUAAAUAAUGAGGUUUGUGAUAUUAUACGCAGCAUUAUCGCUUUUGGCGUAGGGCCAGAAUAUUGUACCACUGAAAUGUACUCUGCUGUUUUUGCGUCCCUAUUAGCAGAGCAGCCACUUUUGAACCUAAGUUCAAACGAAGUGAUAGUGGAUAGCCUAACAUCAGCCGCUGUCUCCUCUGGAACAGCAUAUUCGGACACAUGGGAGUGUUGCCUUAAGGUGUUAAAGGGCGAAAAGUUAGAAGAACUCGUAUACCUUAAAGACGAUCUUUUGCGCGUUGAUCAUGCAACAGAAAACAGGAUAUCUCUCCUUUCUCGGCUAUUCGAUUUCCACAAAGAGCCCGCUCCUUUUGAUCCAGAGUUUGAUUUUUCUCCUGUUACUGUAAGGAAUCUCAUGCGUGUACCAGAGCUAGAAGCUGAGACAUCCUCGAAUUUUAACCUUUGGAAAGGAUAUUAUAUUGGCGGAUACUACAUGAAACAUACGCAUUUGCCAUCACUUCUGAUGGAUAAUCACGCUUGGAAACAACCCUUGAGCUCUGAAACUUCUUCCCUUGAAUGGAUCCUCAACAACCUUUACGAACAACUGAAUGUCACGACCAAUCCUAAGUCAUAUCUAGCUCUUGUGUCAGUGGUUGGGUUUCUUUACGAGCGAAUCUCACAUUUAGGUCCUUUUUUCUCAAGAGCAGAUUUUGCAGAGAAGCCGUUAUGUAUUCCGCAUACUGUGCGUUUGUCUGAACGCGAAUUUCAACUGUUACACAGUAUAGAAUUGACUUUUGAUGACUCGCAUGACUUGCGCUUGCUUAACCAACAAAAUGUUGUUUCAUACAAAAACUGGUUGUCCACGCUUUUGCAGUCCCUUUCUAAGGAGCUGGGUGAGAUUUCCCCCGACCUUCUUGCUUUCCAAGUUCUAGACAGAGAUUCUCCAGCAUUUGUGGAAUCUGUAUCUUUGGGCUUGUUUUCAUUGCUGGAUCAGGCCAACGGGAAACUUGGGGCCUCGAUUAUGCUUCAAUUUUUAAGAACUUACGAAUUCCCUCCUGAAAGUUACAACAAAGAUUUCAGACUCAAAGCCUCGUUCGCUUUACGUCUUUUCUCCGUCAUACGAUCAAAAUCUAGGGAAGGAAACGUAAGGCUAUCGAAAGUUUAUGAAGAUUUGAAUCUUGAAUGCUUCUUUCAUUUGGCAUCCAAAAUAGGCAAAAUGAAGCUUGCAUACAUGCUUUUUGAGGAGUGCUAUCCUUCUCUAAACUUAUGUGACACGCAAAAGUUAUACCCCGUAUUCGAGGGUAUUAAAAACGAAGACUUAAUUCGCGCCCUUCCUCGCGAGGCUUCUCUUGAUGCUGCCGUUUUAUCUGUAUCCAAAUUCCAGCCAAGAAGCCUGAAAAGCUUUAUGUUCAAUAAUUGCAAGUUUGACGUGGAUACAAUAAUGCACUUGGACCCCGACGAAGAGGAGGUUAUCCAAUCUAGUAACUCCAAUGGCUUCAAUGGACUCGCAGAAAUUCUGGGUGGUAUUAAUAGGGCGCGACAUCCUAAAAAAAAGGAGGAAGCUUACCAAUGGAGCAUUAAGUUGGGUAAGUGGGACUUGGCGAUGCCCGGAGACCACUCUACAAGUGCUGAGGUUCUUUACUCUCUUCUGAAGGAUGUUCAUAGUAAACCCUCCGAAGGCCUCGCUGCUCCGCGCAAGCUUCUCAAAACCAUCGCUCAUCAAUCCCGUCUGUUUCCUGAGAAAGAUCAAUGGGCGAGCUCCCUCUGUGCCAUUUUAACCGCAGAGCUCAUCUCCAAGCACUCAGGUGUAUUGCCAGAAUGCGCGCGCACAAUGGCUAUAAUCGACGCGUUCGAUCAAAAAGCUGUUGAAAGUUCAAGCUUUUUGGCCCACCAUCUCGUCAUGAGAUCACGUCAAAUGUUUUUAAAUUGCUUGAGCAGCCCUUCCUUGACUAGUCAAUGCAACGUUGACAUGAGAGUCUGUGAGAUAAAAGAGCUUAUCAAAUAUACAAGAAUGGCUCGUGAAGCUCAGCACCGACAGGAAUCCUUGACUUCGGCUAUGCUUCUGGACCGAAAAGUGAAUAUUCUCAGCGGCCUCCUGAAAAGUGAUUGCUGGAAUCAGUACGCAAUCGUCGAGGGUGCCCAAGCGCUUUGGCUUCAAGGCGAAAGCGACAUUGCAACCUCAAUGCUUGAGACCCUUUUGCAUAACAGAAUUCAUUUGGAGAGCAAUGACAGCGUUCAAGUGGGGACUUAUCCACAGAUACCGAAUGUCCAACUAAAAUCUACUUUAGUUGAGUGGACUUCUUCAUGCCGAAAAGAAAAUGCGCAUACCAUUUACCGUGAGUACAUUGCAGAUUCUUCGAGCGAAAUGGCUGCAGUGAGCGAUUUCAAUGAUAGAGCAGAGAUAUUCUUUAAAUUCGGCGAAUUCUGUUACCAGCAAGUGAAACGCCUUAGUGCAGAUAAAACAAUUGACGAGAGGCGCAAAAGAUCCUCAAAAGGCUCUGCAGAAUUAUCAAGCCUACUAGAAAUUAUAAAAGACGCAUCUGUACCUGACCAGGAUAGACUAGAAGCCAAAAAGCACUAUAACAAGUUGAAGCUUCAAUUGGCGCAGGACCAUGACAUACUGGCUAAUCUAUCCAAGGAAUUCAAACUUUUUACCUGGAAGUCUUUACAUUUUUACCUGAGCACACUAGUGUACAGUUGCCAAAAAGACGACGUUGUGUUAGACAAGUUUUGCGGCCUCUGGUUUCAGUACGCAGAAGAUGGGGAACUUAACUCAAAAUUGUAUCAAGAAAUUAGCUCUAUUCCAAGCUUCAAGUUUCUUCCCUGGGUUAACCAGAUGACUUCCCGGCUGAGCAUUGAAUCUAGCCCGUUCCAGCGAACGCUCCAGUUGACUCUUAAAAGAGUAAUGUUCAAGCUUCCAAACGAGACGCUUUAUCCAUUGAUUAGCUUGAGACUUUACAAAAAAUUGCAGUCGGCUGGCGAUCCGUCAAUUUCUGCCAGGGUUAAAGCCGUGGAGAAACUUUUCGCUGAAUUGGAGAAAUAUGACAACGGGAAGUUCUUAAUUGAUUUUCUCGAUCCGAUUCAAAAGUUUUGUGAGAUGUGCGUUGAGCUCUCUUGCAUGAAGCUCUCAAAAAGUUGUCGCCAAAUAAAUCUCGAGAAUCUGAAGUCAGGAAACUACUGGCUCCAGGGUAUUAGUAAAAAGGGCGUUAGCCUGCCUGUAAAGCCUGUGCGGAUCACUUCUUCAGCUGAUGGGCGCAAACCGAGGCCCACAAUAACGCAUAUGGGCCCUAUAGUGGAAGUAUCCGCAUCUGGGCUUUCACUACCUAAAAUCGCAACGUUUUACCUCUCAGAUGGCACAAGCCACAAAGUUCUCUUGAAAGGUAGUAAUGAUGAUCUGAGGCAGGACGCUAUCAUGGAGCAAGUUUUCAAGCAAGUUAAUCAAAUUUUGUUAAGAAACAGUUUGACGGGAAAGCAUGAGCUCCGUAUCAGGACGUAUGAGGUUGUACCACUUGGGCCGCAGGCCGGGCUUAUUGAGUUUGUUUCGAACUCGACCUCUUUACAUGAAAUAUUGAGGGGUUUGCACAAAGAUGACGACUUACCGUUUGACAGGGCCAGAAAGAUGAUGAAAGCAGCUCAGAGCAAAUCAGGCGAUGAGCGAGUUGAGGUUUAUCUCGAAAUAACGAAUUCAGUAAAUCCGAAGCUGCGCCAACUCUUUUUCAAUUCUUUUCUGGACGCACAGGCAUGGCUCGAUGCCAAAUUUACGUAUACCAAAGGUGUGGUAACUACUUCGAUUAUUGGUUAUGUGUUGGGGCUUGGAGAUAGGCACUUGAAUAACAUACUCCUUGAUACGUCAACUGGAGAGCCUGUUCAUAUAGAUUUUGGCGUUGCGUUUGAUCAAGGAAAACUUCUUCCCAUCCCCGAGCUCGUGCCGUUUAGAUUAACGCGGGAUAUGGUCGAUGGAUUCGGUGUAACAGGGGUCGAAGGUGUUUUCCGUAAAAACUGUGAGCGAGUUUUUUCCGUGCUAAGGGCAGAUCGCGAAAGGGUAAUGAACGUCCUCAAUGUGUUAAAAUGGGAUCCACUGUACUCAUGGGUUGUUUCGCCUCUAAGAAAACGGAAGCUGCAAGCCAACAUGUCAGAUGACAGUGAAGACUACCAAGCAAGUGUGCCAGUUGCCACUAUGCUUGAAGACAAUAAUGAGUCCCUUCGAGCACUGAAAGGCGUGCAAAGCAAACUUGAAGGUAGCGGCCUAAGUGUGGAAGCCACAGUCCAAGAGCUUAUCCAACAAGCGACUGAUUUAGGCAACCUUGCCACAAUAUACAUGGGGUGGUCGCCAUUUUACUAG